AUGACCUUUUGCGAUAAUUGCUUCAAAGGUGUUACCCACGAGGGAACCCCUACAGGGAAAUGGGAGAAAAUCGGUGGAGUAGAUGUAUAUGUCGCAACUCCCAGCAAAGAAUACGACAAGACAAAGGCCAUCCUUUUCUUGUCAGAUGUCUUUGGCCCACAGUUUAUCAACAAUCAGCUGCUUGCUGACGACUUUGCAGCGAACGGGUUCCGUACAUUUAUCCCAGACUACUUCAACGGUGAUCCUAUUCCCGCCGACGCCGUCGUUGACGGCGCACUCAAAUUCGACAUCGCGAGCUGGCGCCUAAACCACGGACCGGACAAGACGCGACCUCCACUAGACAAGGUCAUCAGUGCGCUGAAGGAGCAGCACGGUGUGACAACAUUUGGGGCGACUGGGUUCUGCUUUGGCGGACGUUAUGUGUUUGAUCUCGCGUUUGAGAACAUUAUCAAGGUUGCUGUUGUAUCACACCCAUCGAUGCUGCAGAUACCCGCAGAUCUAGAGAAAUAUGCCACCGUCGCAACCGCACCCCUCCUCAUCAACUCGUGCGAAACAGACGCUGCAUUCCCUCAGGAAGCCUGCGCGCAAGCUGACGCGCUCCUUGCAGAGGCAAAGUUCGCGCCGGGGUACAAGAGGGAGCACUUCCCCGGCUGUGCACAUGGGUUUGCGGUGAGAGGGGACAUGACAGAUGAAAGGGUCCGUGCGGGGAAAGAGGGAGCGUUCCGUGCGUCGGUAGUGUGGUUUGCAGAGCGUUUGUGA